UUUUCUAUCAGAAAACGCCUCUCUCUCUUCUCUCCAUCUCACAACCGUCGCCGGACAAACCACCACUUCUCAAGCACACGACGACCAUAGCAACGUCAAGAGCCCCCAAUCAAUUGACGAUCACAGCAGCCCAUAUUCUCUCUCAUCUGAUCUGUUCUCUUGAUAUUGGCUUGAAGCCUUGAAUGAAGUCUAAGAUCGAUGGGUAUGAUACACUUGGAUAGUUGGAUUCGUAAUCAUAGCCCUAAAUUCCCCUCUUUCCACCGUGCCACUGCGCUCUCUCUCUCUCUCUAAGGCAUCAUGGAGGUAGAUGAGGAAAAUUCUGUCUCAACCUCACUUGCAGAGCCUGCAGUUGCAGUCACUAAUGGGCAGAAUGUGGUAUCUGCAAUUGACCCAAUUCCACCUCAACCGGUUCAAACUGUCAUUACACCAUUAAUCACACCUGUAAUUGUGCCUCCUAUUGCCCCAAUACCUAUAGUUCCUUCCUCGAUUCCCCGAGCUUUGGCACCUCUCCCUGUCCGUCCACCUAUCCUUAGGCCACCCCCACCACAAAAUGGCGAGGCUGGGGAUGAUGAUACAGAUUCUGACCAUGACGACUCGGGCAUCAAUAGGACUGCUGCAGAUUCAGCUGCAGAAUAUGAGAUCUCAGAAGAGAGCAAACUGAUCAAGGAGCAGCAUGAGAAAGCCAUGCAAGAACUUCUGAUGAAGCGACGUGCUGCUGCUCUUGCGGUGCCUACUAAUGACAUGGCUGUGCGGGCUCGUCUCCAGAAGCUUGGUGAACCAAUAACUCUCUUUGGAGAAAGGGAGAUGGAAAGACGGGACCGUUUGCGGAUGCUUAUGGCAAAGCUGGAUGCUGAAGGGCAAUUGGAGAGGCUUAUGAAAGCUCAUGAGGAGGAGGAAGCUGCAGCUUCUGCAACAACAACAGAAGUAGCUGAUGAUGAAAUGGUCCAGUAUCCAUUUUAUACUGAAGGCUCACAAGCUCUUUUAGAAGCUCGAUUAGACAUUGCCAAGUAUUCUAUUGUGAGGGCAGCUUUACGUCUUCAGCGUGCUAGGAGGAAAAGGGAUGAUCCAGAUGAAGAUAUGGAUGCAGAGAUUGAUUGGGCUUUGAAGCAGGCAGGAAGCUUGGUCCUUGAUUGCAGUGAAAUUGGAGAUGAUCGGCCACUUUCAGGAUGUUCCUUUUCACACGAUGGAAAAAUGCUUGCUACGUGUGCUUUAAAUGGAGUUGCCAAGUUAUGGAGCAUGCCUCAAGUCAAAAAGGUUUCUACUUUAAAGGGACACACAGAACGUGCAACUGAUGUUGCAUUUUCUCCUAUAGAUAACUUUAUAGCAACUGCAUCUGCUGAUUGCACAGCAAGGUUAUGGAACAGCGAAGGGUCUCUUCUAAGAACGUUUGAGGGCCAUUUGGAUCGUCUAGCUCGUAUUGCCUUUCAUCCAUCAGGGAAGUACUUUGGCACUACCAGCUUUGACAAGACUUGGAGAUUAUGGGAUAUAGAUACUGGUGUAGAGUUGCUUCUCCAAGAAGGUCACAGUAGAAGUAUAUAUGGGUUAUGUUUUCAUUAUGAUGGAUCUUUAGCAGCAUCCUGUGGACUGGAUGCACUUGCUCGUGUAUGGGAUCUUCGGUCUGGGAGAAGUAUUCUUGCAUUUGAAGGUCAUGUCAAGCCGGUUCUUGGUAUUGAUUUUUCUCCCAAUGGCUAUCAUUUAGCCACUGGUGGUGAAGACAAUACUUGUCGAAUUUGGGAUUUAAGGAAGAAGAAAUCUUUGUACACCAUACCUGCUCACUCGAAUCUUAUUUCUCAAGUCAAAUUUGAGCCUCAAGAGGGCUAUUUUCUGGUAACUGCUUCAUAUGAUAUGUCUGCUAAGGUAUGGUCAUCCAGAGACUUUAAGCCUGUGAAGACGCUAUCUGGUCAUGAAGCAAAAGUAACAUCAUUAGACGUUGUAGGAGAUGGACAGUAUAUUGCAACCGUUUCACAUGAUCGGACUAUCAAGCUAUGGUCAAGCAGAAACAAUGGAAAGGAGAAGGCUAUGGAUAUUGACUAAAUUGCCCUUUGAAUUUCUCAUUAGCUUAUAUAUUAGCUGGUUGUGCAUCAUCAUGUCUUUUUAUCUUCGACUAAUUUUGCUUAGAUGCCCAAACAUACAGAAUGCUCAUUGGAACCUCCAAGUCUAUACCGAUGUUCACCGUCCUUCACAAUGAUAAUGGUGGCUGUUUGAGCAUCUUUCAGCUAUAGUGCACUUGACCUUUACAAUGAUGAUGGUGGUGUGAUGCAUCCAUGCAAGAAAAACAAAAAUUGCAUCUUGAGUCAAUGAUUGACACAAUGUAGCUGAAUAGAUCAUUUUGACCAAAUGUUUCGGAUAUUGAUUUUUCUCGUAUGAGGUUUCAGUUUGACUUUGUUACAAGAAGUUGUUGAGACCAACAGAUUGUCAGCUGUUUUGAGAACUGCUUUA